UACCGGGAAGUAUGUGUCCCUUCUGCAGCUGACUGAGCGGGGGAGUUACACACAGAUCGGCUAGAAAAAGGAACAGAACAAAAUGGACACUGAUCUGAAUAAAUCAAAACAAAACAGUUUUGAAAAUGAAAUUCAGAUGGACAUCAUUUCAUCGAAUGACACUGAAUCUAAGGAGUGUAAAGAGACUUCUGUCACUAACAGGCCAAAUAUAGGAAUACAAUCAAUAUCGAGUAUAGUAGAGCUGGAAACCGUCAUCACAGAAGAUGACCGAACGGGAAUGGAGAAAAAAUUCUUUAUCGACAAAAUAUUUGAUGGAAUCCAAGACACAAUUUUAGAACAUAAAAGGAUAUUGAAACAAAUAACGUACAGUAUUUUACUGCUGUUGUACCUAGCAUAUGUUGUUUACUCUCUCAGUUUCCGAUUUGGAGACGAAGGAUCCUGGAGAUUACUGAUUUGUACCAUUUUGUUAUUAAUGUACUCAGGACGAGGAAUUAUUAAAAAGUUAUCUUUGUACCAGCUAUUUGAAAAGACUUUUGGAUCGAAGAAUCCUGAAAAUAUAGUUAAAAUGAAGAAAAUAUUAAGAUGGACGUUGUACUUUGUGGUGCUGACGCUUAUCGCAGUCUACAUAGGAUUGACAGUUAUACAAACUAGACCUAGAAACCUCGUCUCACUCGGCGGGAUAUUCGUCUUCAUCUUCAUCCUGUUCCUCAUGUCAAAUAACAAGGCAAAUAUAAAUUGGCACACGGUGUUUUGGGGACUGUCACUCCAGUUUGGUUUUGCUUUGAUUGUCCUCCGGACAGAAUGGGGUAUUAAUGCUGUGCGCUGGAUAACGGACAGGUUUUUGGAAUUCAUCGUAUUCGCCGACAAUGGUUCAGCUUUCAUUUUCAGUGAAAAAUACAAGGAGUUUAAAGUGAUUUUCAAGGUUGUUCCCUCUGUCAUCGUUUUUUGUGCCUUUGUUGCUGUUUUGUCCUACCUUGGUGUUUUGGCUUUUAUCUUCUCAAACCUGGGUUGUGUUCUUGGUUACUGCCUUCAGACCCAUCCCUUGGAAUCAAUCAACGCUGUUACGAAUAUAUUCAUGAGUGGGAUUGAAUCCCUAGUAGUCAUCAAUGAGUACAUAGACUCACUAUCUACAUCCCAAGUCUUCUGUGUCUACACAAACGGACUGUCAUCCAUAGCGGGCUUCGCUUUUGUCGUGUUUGCUAAUUUCGGGAUACCUGUCGAGUACCUCCUGACGGCCUCAAUAAUGUCUGCUCCUGCCGCUCUGGUGGCAUCGAAAAUAGUGUACCCAUCUGAAACACUUAAACUCUGCAAAGACGAUGAUAAAAAAUACUUUAUUGCCACUAAAAGUGAUCGAAAGAGUGUCGUGGAAGCUAUGGCAAAGGGCGGACUGCAAGGCCUACAACUCGUAAAGGGCGUUCUCAUCAACAUCUUGACUUAUAUAUCCCUCCUCGCAUUCGCCAAUGCAACAAUCACGUGGUUCGGGGAGAGAGCAGGAGUAAAGGAGCUCACAAUCGGGAAAAUAUUUUCCUAUUGCCUUUGGCCACUCGCCUUCGUCAUGGGAAUCGAUGCUAUAGAUUGUCUGAAAGUUGCUGAAAUGUUAGGUGUCCGCAUGUUUGCAACUCUCAUUCUUAGCUACAUACGGAUGGGAAAAUAUUUGUCUAACAAGGAGAAAUACAACGAAUACACCGCAAUAUACAACAACACAGUGCUGACAGCAAGCGAUGACAUAUUCCUGCCGAACUGGAAUACCACACUGGAAAACGGAAUUCUAACGGACCGCUCUGAGAUGAUCGCCACAUACGCCAUGUGUGGGUUCGCCAGUAUUCCCUCUGUCUGGAUUUCAAUUGGGUCAUUUGUGGCCCUGGCUCCUAGCCGACUUGGCGAACUACCGAGAAUGGCAAUACGAGCACUCAUAGCUGGAACAAUAGCUAGUUACCUUACCGCUUGUGUUGCUGGGUUACUACUUUCCUGAGGAGUAUCACGUAUGUUCCUGUCCUGUUGAAAACGGAUGUGAUUGAUGCACUGCAAGAACAAUGUGAUCCAUUCACACUCUUUUGUUUUUGUUUUCUGUAAUUGGAUAUUUCGUUGAAAGAUACGCAUAGUUAAUUUACAGAUAUAGUGUUGUUUUGCUCUUUCGACCAACGAAAUCAUGAUCAAGGUGCCCAACAUCGUUUGUCUUAUAGUAUCGGCAAUUAGCAUCACUUCACCAACACCACUUCUCCACCAAAGUGAAAUCCUGGAGAAUCUGUCUGGCUUAUAAAUGAAGCACGUGUGCGAUUUGCAUAAAUGGAAAUCGCGAAGUCAAAAUUACAGACAAAAAAUACUUUUGAAUAAAUAUAAUAAGGCUAUAACAGAUAUUUACUAUACAGUCUCUACAGCUGACAACACCUUACUAAUUGGAUUAAUUUAAAUUGCAAGAUAUGCGUCAACUAAAUAUAUGAAAAAAUACCCCGUUAAACGUAAACAUGAACAAAAUCUAACAAAUAAGUAUCGUACAUGUACAAACAUAACGUAUGUAGAGCCGAGGACAGUUUUGUAUGUAUGGUAAUACUUCUCCAGUUCAACGGUUUUUUUUUCUAUGCGUUAGGUGUUGUCUUAGAUGAAUACAGUGUUUUUCGUAUCUACUUACGUAUUGUCGUAUUAUCACAUAGUUAUACUUCUAGAGAUUGAAACCUUUAUAAAGAACUCACUACAGUGAUCAUUGUUCUAACCAAUCACAUUAUUAUAUUUAUCAUUUAUUUCGCUUUAUCGGAAAAUAAUACAUAAUUUAUUCGAAUUUUGCUGAUGUUACGACAGCAAUAGCUCUUUUUGUGACACCUUAGUAAAUAAUGAGCAUACAAAAAAUGAAACGGCAUUUUCAAAUAUCAGGGCCCGUUUUCAUAAAACCGUUCUCAAUUUCAAGCACGGAUUUUUUUCUAUCCAAAAUUCUUGUUACUCGCUAAAAUCAAACGAUCAAAUUGUCAAAGUUAAACAUCGAAAUUAGUUUUCGGCUUAAGGUCUGUGCAAUUAUUUUCCAAACCAUUAACAAAAUCAGAUAUUUUUUAUUAAUUUAUAAUGGGAACAAGAAAUUCGACUUGAGCACAAAAUCCAUGCUCCAGCAUGAAUACGGUUUUAUGAAUACGGUCCCAGGUGACCUAGCCAAAACGCUUACAUUUUAUCAAACGACUUCCUCGUCUUGAUUUAGGUAGCGCAAUCACCUGGGUACGUUAAUUGGAAAUACAAAACGCUAUUAAUUGUAUUGGAGGUUUUACAGGGCUUUGUUACUACAUGUUAUUUGGUUGGUUGUUUUGUUGUUGUUUUUGUUGUUUUGUAAUUAAAUGGAUUGUGCAUCUUAUACAUUUAUGAGCAAAUUUUAGGACAUAUAUUAGUCUUGUAUACAACCUUGAAAACAUGAAGAAGCUGUCAUUCAUUUCAACAAAUUUUAUUGACAAAGUUGAUACAAGUCAAUUGGAUGGAAUAUCAGCCAAAGCCAAUAGCCGUAAAUUAACGGAUUCUGUUAUUUUUAUUUGAUUUAAUUAAUACAUCAAUUUUGAAAUGAAAAUUUAUAAACAAAAACGUUAAGCUGUCAUUUAUGAUAAAUAUAGCAUUGCGUUGAGUGCGGUUACAUCUUCCCACAGGUACAGGUGUACGAAUAACAACCCCAAGGUAUGAUAUCCUGUAUAAGUAUUUUUAGUAAGCAUUGUCGAAUUUGCACUUUCUUGUCCUUAUUUCACAAUUAAAACAUUAUAUCAA